AUGCAGUUGCCACACUGCAGGGCCCCCAGUCUCCUGCUCAUCCUUCUUGGCCCCUUACUGUUGGCUGUUGGCCGGGCCGCUUUGGAAAGCCAAGAACUGUACGAGCUGGAGAGGGAACCAUCCUACUGGGAUGCUCAGGCCAGAGCAACGCUGGAUGCUGCGCUGAAGCUCCGCCCCCGGGAUCACCAGGCCAAGAACAUCAUUCUGUUCCUCGGUGACGGGAUGGGCGUGUCCACGGUGUCAGCAGCACGAAUCCUGAGAGGUCAGAUGGAGGGUAGGUCCGGGGAGGAGACCAUGCUGGCCAUGGAUACCUUCCCUUACGUGGCCCUGUCAAAGACCUACAGCGUGGAUAAACAGGUAGCAGACAGUGCUAGCACAGCCACAGCCUACCACUGUGGGGUGAAAGCUAAUGCUAAGACAGUUGGGCUAAGCGCUAAAGCGGUAGCCUAUGAGUGUAACACCACCUUUGGAAACGAGGUUUAUUCAGUGCUACGACGUGCUAAAGCACAAGGUAAAUCGGUUGGUGUGAUAACCACCACCCGUGUCCAGCAUGCCUCUCCAGCCGCUGCAUACGCCCACUCCGUCAGCCGCAGCUGGUACAGUGAUGCAGAUCUCCCAUCCAGCGCUCGCAGACAAGGCUGUGUGGACAUCGCAACACAGCUGGUCACCAACUUUGAUAUUGAUGUAAUUUUAGGAGGAGGAAGGAUGUACAUGACACCUAAAGGCACCCCAGACCCUGAGUACCCCACCUCCAACUCUCGCAAGGGGGACCGCAAGGACAAGAGGAACCUAAUUGACGUUUGGCUUAAAGCUAAACCAAAAAAGAAGUCUCACUAUGUUUGGCACAGGAAAGAGUUUGACGAAAUAAAUGUUAAGACUACUGAUCGGCUCAUGGGUCUGUUUGAGCCAAAGGACAUGAGGUUCGAGGUUUUCCGUAACAGCACACGAGACCCCUCUAUAGUGGAGAUGACGGAGAAGGCCAUUCGAAUCCUAAGCAAGAAUCCUAAGGGAUACUUCCUGUUUGUGGAAGGAGGGAGAAUUGAUCAUGGCCACCAUGACGGCAUCGCUAAACUAGCACUGACUGAGGCUGUGAUGUUUGACCGAGCCAUUCAGAGAGCUGCACAGCUGACCAGGGAGUCUGAGACGCUCACUGUGGUGACUGCAGACCACUCUCAUGUCUUCACCUUUGGUGGUAAUACACCAAGAGGGAAUCCCAUCUUUGGUCUGGCACCAAAGAAAGCCGAUGACAGAAUGCCUUUCACCAGCAUCCUCUAUGCAAACGGCCCUGGUUAUGUGCACAUAAAUGGAACCAGAGGGAACAUCACAAUGGUGGAUUACUAUGAUGAGGAGUACAUGCAGCAGGCAGCAGUCCCACUGGAUGCUGAGACGCAUGGCGGGGAGGACGUGGCCAUCUACGCGAAAGGCCCGAUGGCUCACCUGUUCCAUGGGGUCAAAGAGCAGAACUAUGUAGCACACGUCAUGGCGUAUGCUGCCUGUUUAGAACCCUACACGAACUGCCCUCCUCACCCUCAUUCCCACACCAACAAUGGAUGUGUGAACAAAUCUUCUAGCCUCCUGUUGGGCCUGCUGGGACUCCUCUGGCUCCUCAGAUGA